GCGGCUUCUCCAUCCUGCGCUGCGUCGUCUGCAUUUGACAUUCCGACCGCAGGAGUUUGCUGUGUCUCCACGGGGGCCAUUGUGGUUUUUACCUCUUUUAUUGGAGAAAAAACAACACCAUGGACAUGAUGGGUAACAAACAGCGACGAGGCGUGAAUUUCAAAGGCUUGCUGAAGAAGAACUGGCUUCUGAUUGCCACGAUUUUCUCAGUGCUGCUCGGGAUCAGUUUGGGCAUCGCGGUCAGAGAGUAUGCAUCCCUCUCCCAUCUCCACAAGCAGUAUUUUGGCUUCCCAGGAGAGAUCCUCAUGCGGAUGCUGAAGCUUGUCAUCCUCCCGCUCAUCAUUUCAAGCAUGAUAACAGGUGUUGCAGCCCUAGACUCUGAGGUAUCGGGAAAGAUAGGUCUGCGAGCUGUUAUUUAUUACUUCUCGACAACCAUCAUUGCAGUUAUUCUUGGGAUCAUUUUGGUAAUGACUAUCAAACCGGGAGUCUCUCAAUCAGCUGAGCACAUUGACAGAGCCGGGACGACGCCUAAUGUCACAACAGUUGACACACUCUUGGACCUCAUCAGAAACAUGUUCCCAGAAAAUCUGGUGCAGGCUUGUUUUCAGCAGUACAAGACCAAGCGCAAAGAGCUGGAGCCUUCGAAAGUUUCGACCAACACCACCACAAUUCCACCUCUCACAACUGCUAUCAUGUCAGUGGUAGAGAACAUAACCAAGGAAUAUAAGAUCAUCGGGACAUAUUCGGACGGAAUUAACGUAUUGGGGCUCAUCGUGUUCUGUGUUGCUUUUGGCCUUGUCAUUGGGAAAAUGGGCGAAAAGGGCAGAAUCCUCCUGGAAUUUUUUGAUGCCCUGAAUGAAGCAACCAUGAGACUGGUCCAGAUCAUUAUGUGCUACAUGCCAGUAGGGAUCCUGUUCCUAAUUGCUGCUAAGAUUAUCGAGGUAGAAGACUGGGAGAUCUUCAAGAAGAUGGGACUUUACAUGGUGACGGUGCUGAGUGGUCUAGCUAUCCACGCCACCGUCUGUCUGCCACUGAUCUUCUUUGUCAUUGUGAGGAAAAACCCAUAUACCUUCACAUUGGGAAUGGCUCAGGCCCUAGUGACAGCACUCAUGAUCUCCUCCAGCUCUGCCACCCUGCCUGUGACUUUCCGAUGUGCCGAGGAGAACAAUCGCAUCGACAAGCGGAUCACCCGUUUUGUCCUCCCAGUGGGUGCCACCAUUAACAUGGACGGGACAGCGCUCUAUGAGGCGGUGGCCGCCAUCUUCAUUGCCCAGCUGAAUGACUAUAUUCUGGAUGUGGGCCAGAUUGUUACUAUCAGUAUAACAGCAACAGUUGCCAGUAUUGGAGCAGCAGGAGUCCCUAAUGCUGGGCUUGUCACCAUGGUGAUAGUCUUAACAGCUGUUGGAUUACCUGCAAAUGAUGUCACUCUGAUAGUCGCUGUGGAUUGGUUGUUGGACCGAUUCCGUACUAUGAUCAACGUUCUUGGCGAUGCUUUUGGAGCCGGUAUCGUCCAGAAACUAUCAAAGAGGGAGCUGGAGAGAAUGGAUCUGACAUCAGACGUGGACGUAGCCAACCCCUUCGCUCUGGAAGCCACUUUGGAUGACGAAGAGUGCGAGAAGAAAUCCUACGUCAACGGAGGCUUCACCGUCGACAAGACAGAUGCAAUCUCCUUUACUGAAACCUCUCAGUUUUAGCCUGUGGGUGGCUCAGAGGAGCAGAGAAAGUGCCAUGCUGCUAUGGAUGUAAAACGGAAAACCUUCCAUCAUGUAUCAGCACCAUGACGAGAGAGGGAAACUAUCCAACCAGACCCAUCCAAGCUCAGACAUCAGCAAAUAGCAGCCUCCAUAAAGCUUAUCCAAGAUGAUCACCCUUCGUGUCGGACAUUUACAACCACGACUAGAUUAAAGUGCUUCCUUCUUACAUUCAAAUUGUGCCAAGUUUAAUACGUCAGUUUUCUUUUUAAUAAGAGUGUGUUCUUUCUUGUAAAGAUGCACUCAAAAUAAGAGCUGUUGGUGUGUGUGUGUGUGCACGAGAACAUUCUUUUUGAAUGUAUCGGAAUUGUGUGUAUGUAUUUUGCAAAAAAAAGAAAAAUCAAUUUAACACAAGUGAAAACAAAACGAUAAUCUAAUUUUAUUUGCUACUUGAUUAGACAAUAAUUCUCUAAAAUGUCUGAAUGAUCUUUUUUUGUGUGGGUGUUGUUGAAUGUCUAUGUCCCAUAAUGCACUGCUUGUAUAUCUAUCUGUAUAUUUAAAUUGUGCCAAACAUAUAAAGAGGUUUUUCACCAAGUUGCAUGAAAGCAAUAUGUUAAAGAAAUGCUAAUCGCUGGCUGCAGACUGAUUCUUUUAUGGAGACUUCAGAGGGACUGGAGAUGGUUAACAAAAGGCUUAUGAAGUCAUUGAACACUGUGAAAUUUGAGGACAUUUUUUCAGAACCAAAUCACUGAAAUACUUUGAUUUAUCGCAAAUAAUAAUGAUCAUAAUUAGUGUUUGUUUAGGCAACGUGGGGAAAUAUUACAGUACAUUAGAUACCCCAAAUGAUUCCUUCUCAAACAAGAUUAUUUUAAUUGUCAUCUAAUGGAUUUAUGUCAAAUAUCCGGGUAUGUCUUCUUAACACUUAUUUCGCUACUAUACUUUCACUGUGGUGAAGGGUCAAAAUGCUCUUAAACCAAUGGCUCAGCUAAGACGGACGUUAUAGGCACUUUUGCUUAAAGACAUAAAACCUUGGACAAAAUCGGUCAGUAAGGAACAUUUCGACAUUUUGGAAAACACACUUCUAUGCUUUCUUGCCGAGAGUGAAAUUAAAAAUUCUAUUAAAACCUCACAUAUCUGCGUUAAGUGUGGUGAUAGGAGGACGUUUGAUUUGUUGUUGGGUUAUCAUAAAGACCGGAAGCACCAGUCACUCACACCAAAGUCACAAAUUGUGGUUUUUCAGUAAAAGCUUUUCAGAUAAAUACUGCAUGAGAAGUAUUGAUUUCCUCAUCUCACUCGCAGCAAAAAAAGCAAAUAAGUGUUUUGCCAAAAUGUUGAGAUAUUCGUUUGAUAAAACCCAAAAGAUGUAGGCUCAGAUGUACAAAGACGUACAGCCCCCUAAAAGUUAGCUACGACAGCUUUUGAAUAGUUAGAUAGUUUUAAUUCCCAAGGCAACUGCUCUAUUAGAAAUUUAAAAUGAUGACAUACAGUAUAUUUUGUACAAAGCCAACAUUAAGGCCAAAGUUGGUGCAAGAGGAAAGUUCAUCUUCAACUAAUUGUUUAAUUAAUUGUAUGUGAAUCCCAUCAUUACAUUUUGAUAUUUCUUGUGAACAGGUAGAAAUGUGGUCCUUAAUGAUGGCAAUUAUCUAGCCGGUAGUUUUUGAAAUACUCUGGACAAAUGUGAUGGACAGACCGACCAAAGGGCCUUGCCUUCCGUAGAAUGUCAACGACAGUUAAUGCUUUGACGCAAAUGCCACAAAUGAUACAAAUGUCUGUACUUAUGUUAAUGCUCUUUGGCUGCACUGUUAUUUGUGACGCUCACAGCGUGUGAUGCUUGUGGUUUUAUGCUUUUUUAUAAAAAUGUAUGUCCAUGUCUGUAACCGAAAGCUGUGUAUUUGACUCCUUGCAGCAGCUGCAUACUCUGAUGCUUGCAUAUGCACAUAUUGUAUAGUACUUAAGUAUGGAACAAGUGGUGCAGAGUUGUUUGGUUGAGUCAACUUGAAAAAGACAUGACAUGGGACCAACGGUGGUAUCGCUGAGGGCUUUCUGUUGUACUAUUUAUCUUAUACCGCAAUCAAUAUCAGUGUUUUUAGGUUAAGGUAAAAGCAGUCCUUCUUUUCCUUGGUUUACUUUCCAUCAUGCCUAGAGUCUGAGCCAAAUACAUUUCCCAUCUCCUUGCAGGAAAUACAAUAAUCCAUGUUAACAUAACUCAAUGACAGUCAUGUUAUCCAUUACAUGCUAACGGAGGUAUGCACUCUGCAACACACUCAGCAGAUCUACAUUCAAUAUGAGACAACUAAGCUUCUUAGUAGUUUGGUGUUCAGAUUAUGGUAGAAAUAAAACUGUUAGUGUAGUUUACAGCACAAUAUCAUAUUGUACCAUGUGUUCCAUUUGAAGUUGAAAGUCGGAAAGUUCCCCGGGGGUCAUCCCUAUGUUCCCAGGGACCUCAUUGUAAGAUAUUGGUAAGGGCUAUCUUUGUAGUUUGAAUUGCAGAAGAGUGAGGGAGAUGGAAGUUGCAAAUGUAGCUUGAAUGGUAAAAAUCCAUAUGAUCACUUUGGAGACAUCAAUGUCUAAAAUCAAGAAAACAGUCUGUAAAUUUGACGGAGUAGGUUUCAAGAAGUAUAACAUCGGUAGGCUAUAAGCUUGAGGUGGGUGAUUUCAACAUAACUCAUCCAGGUAAACAUACAUUGAACAUUUAACUUAGAGGAAAAAACCUUUGCUGAGAACUUAAAACCCUUUGAAAGGUCUCCUUAGUAUGUCAUAUUAAGAGGAUUUUGACUUAGGGAACAUAGGACCCUGGAAACAUAGACAUACUCCCAUUCCCCACUAGUUAAACAUGCUCAUUUUAGUGGUCUAACUUGGAAAAAACCAUGUAAGAAAUACCUGUAAGAAAUACCUGUAAGAUUUUCUUUAGCUGUUGUAAAGUACUGCUCCCAAAACUGUGUCAAUACUUAACUGUUUGAAGCUAGGUAGGCGUAGAAAAUUAGCGACUGCACCCGCUACACUUUCCUUUCUAUGUCGGCAAGACACACUAAUUUCAAUGGUCUAGUUUGGAGAAAUCACAGAAGAAACAUGUGAAAUUUUCUCUGCUUGGGGUUGAUUACUGUUCCCAAAGCAGCAGCUAAUGUGUCAAUGCUUUGCAAUGUUAGCUGCUACUCUAUCAUUUAGCUUAGUCCCUAACCAAGUAUCAUGCAGAUGUUUUGAUAGUUUUGAGGUUAUGGAGUGUUUUACAGACUUUGUCUAUUUUCAGAAUAACAAAAAUGUUCAAUGAAGUAAUAGUGUUUACGGAGUGCUGUCAGGUUUAGUGUGGUGAGUACAUCCUUGCCUAAGUUUCUUACUUGGGCUUUCAUGUUAAAGGGUUUUUUCAUUGCUUUCCCCAAGAGGUCAAAUUUUCCACAUCCAUUGUGUCUGCAAUGAGAGUCUAAGUCUCAGUGUCUCGAUUUUAAUAGUCCAUAUUUGAAAUAAAACGUUGGUGAAAGAAGGUACUCAUUUGUAAUUCUAUACUGAUCAGAGUUGACGCAGAUAAGCCCUCGCUAAUCAGAUUGUAUUCUACGUUUCAAAAGCACACUGGCAUCAACCAACCCCUUCUCUGUCCAGGCAACUACCUGAGAACCUACAGUAUGUGAAUCAACAUGUACUAUGUUAUGUGUAACUGCAAGAAAAUAAAAGAAAGUUGCUAAUG